AUGGGGGGCAGGGCAGGCUUCAUUGCGGCGGCGGCGGCGGCGGCAGCGGCAGGGGGGGGUGUUGGUGGUGGUGGCGGUGCGAACGCCAUCCACGAGAGCCUGGUGAAGGUCUUGCUUCGCGUCGACUGCAUCCAGCCGGAGGUUAUCGACAUGCUGCUGGAGAAGAUCCCGGAGCUCGUUGGAGAAGAAGAAACCGCCGCGGAGGGAGGGUAUGGGUCUGGUGCAGCUGCCCGGGAAAGGACGUUCUCAUGGCAGGACCUCCCUCGGCUGGUGCUGAACCAGGUCCGCUUUCUCGACCACCUCGUCGACAGCACUUCCCUCACCAGAAAAAUUCUCGAGGUUUUAACGGUGCUGCCCGUGAACCUCCAGCGAGAGAUGAUCUCCUACCUGCCGGAGGUGGUGGAAGACGGUGACCACGCGGAAGUUGUGGAGACCCUCCAGAGCCUGAAGGACUCAGAACCGCAACUCCUCGUGGCCGUCCUCGACGCCCUCGGCAACCUAUCGCUGCCGCCCCGCCUGCUGGGGGGAAUCACCGAGGACGCGCUUGGGUUGCUGGACAGCGCGCAGCCCUCCACCCUCCCUGUGCUGGUCCGAUUUUUACUCGAAACGGCCACAGCGGACACAGCCGACGCCGUGGUCAGGGAGUUACGAGAGAGACUGAGGCUUUGUCCCGUGGUUGGGGGAGGGGGUCGCGGUGGUGUUGAGGAUACGGAGGAAACAGAGGCUCUUGUGCUUAACCCUGGCCUGCAAAGCAAUCGUGAACCUCCCUCCGACUCGGACACAUCUGGCGAUGCCCUCACUUUGGAGGCGUUACGGCAAGGGCUUCGCCUGAGGGGUGAUCUGGCCGCGUGUUUCCUCAAGGCCAUCACCAAGACGGCCGGGUCCGAAGGCCACAGCGUCGUGGACCUGUGGGUGCUCUUCUGCCUGUACGCCAACCAGGACACGCGGAAGAGGGUGAUCGCCCUGUUUCGUCGCAAGAUCAGCUGCGGGCAUUUCACCGAACCCUUGAUGACUGAUGCUCUCCAUGGUCGGGCGGGAGCGCUGCACGGGCUGUUCUUCAGCCUCAUGGGCAUCACUGAUGCGCUGGUGAGCUCCGGGGUGGUAUCGGUUCGGAGGUACGGCGCCAGCAUGUAUCGCGAGAUCUUCUCGGGUUUUUCGGAGGCCUACCACCGCCAGGAGGUCGUGGGGGCCCUCAUCACGCACUGUGGGGCUGGUUCCGAGCUUGAGACCGAUAGCGCGCUCUCGGCCUUGUCGGCUUUGGCAUCUCCGAGUGACGGAGGGAGCGGCCUACGCCCGUUCGCGGCGUUCAUUCGAGCGCUCAUGGAUUACAUGCAAGGCUACACACACUACCAGGUCCGGAAAGUUUUCCGCAUUCUGUGCGCGAUGGCGUCGUCGGCGCCGGGGGGGAGGGAUAUGUCUGCCGGGGGAGACAUGGACGACGUUCAUAUUUUCGUGCGCAAGCACGUGGCAAUGUCCCAGAUGGCACUGAAACAAAUUGGCAUAAUCGGGGCCGUGGCCUUCGUGGAGUUCCACGGCAAGACCGGAGGCGGCGACGGGCCGGGGCCGGCGGGAGGCAUGUUUUCCCAAGACUCCCAGGCCGGAGGAGGCUCGGCACUUGGGGGCUCCACGAACGGCGGCCGUUUCCAGACCUCCGGUGCCGGCGACACGCUGGCCAUGCUCAUGAACCACUGCCGGAAUUCCCAGGAGGGGAAGGCGUUUCUGUACGACGAGUUGGCCCUGUCGGCGGGGACCGGGGCCCUGGGGAGUGACGCCCUGGAUGCCUUGGUCAACAUGCUCUUAGACCCUCUGACGGAAGAGUUCAUGAACGUGGUCACCGUGGGGGGGGACGGUGACGAGGACGAGGAGGAAGCCGAAGGGACAGGGGGGCUCACCGACGAACAGAAGAAAAUCCUGGAAGACGGAAAGUUCUCCGGGGAGCUGUGCGGCGGGGCGGUCAAGGCGAGUCCCUACGGAAACUUGGACCAGGCUGUUGAGGGACAGGUUGCCGAGGUGCUGCUGCUACCGCUUCUCGCCAGUGAGGAUCAACAGGAGCGCAUGAAGAUUGGUGGCCUCUGCCCCCUAUUCUCUCUGCUGGCGACCUGCCUUCGCUCCCCUCAGUGCGGCCGGGAGCUGGACGAGAUCGCGGCUGCCCUUGGUGCGCCGGUCAUCCUCGCUGAUAGCCACACCGUUGACAACGUCAUUCACCUGGAGGAAUCCCACAAGAACGCCGUCAUCGGGGCUCACUACGCCGCCUGCAACUGGGUCCGCGAGCUCGUGAACGCCUUCGUUCUGGAGACCCAUUCCGACUUCAAGGCCAAGCUGGUGCGGCGGAUUGGUCACUUGUGUCGCCUGGAGUUCGACCUCCUGUUCAUGCUCAAGCGUCAUCUCGGAUACCGGCUGCCUGGAACAGGGAAGAGCAUAAUGUCCCCGGCGAACUCUUCUAUCGGCAAGAAAUCAGGUGCUGCAUCGUCGUCAUCGUCCUCCUCAUCCACCACUAGCGGCAACAAAGGGAAGGGCAAAGGGAAAGCCAAAGCUCCGGGAAAAGCAAGCAAGAAGACGGAAGGGGAGCAGUCGGAGGUGAUGCGGGACACCCUCAGGAGGUCCCUGCGGCCCCUCGCUCCGGAGGCGGUGUUGGUGCUAGGGUUCCCGGGGAUGCUUCAAAAGACUAGGAACACGGUGGGCGACACGGUCGCCGUGGAGUCGAUCAAGGUCGGACUGCGCGGGGUGCAUCUCUUGCUGCAAGAGAUGCACGGACACCUCAAGAGGGCGCUGGCCGACAAGAACUCCACCCGGGCGUUUUCACGCCUCCGGGAGGCGAUGGUAGGGAACAGCCUGGGAGGAAUGGAGGACGAGAUCGGGGUGUUUUGCUCCGAUGUCAGCGACGAGGAAAUGCUCUUGCCUUGCCUCGAUUUCACUCUCAAGGUCUUGAGCAUCCUUUGCGGAUCGGAUGAGAUUCUUGGUUCGGAGGCCGGCCGCAAUGUCCUCGGGGAGUGCUUAGCUGACGCCUUCUACGAUGGCGACCUGGACGAGAGCUUGGACGGGUCGCAGAACCGCCCGGCGGCGGACGAAGCGUUCGUCAUGUGCUUCGACAAGCUUGAGGACUUCGCUUCCACGGUGCAGCAAUUGCCUCUGGCGGUCCAGCUCGUUCAGGUCAUGGAAGCCGUGGCGACAGCAAGAGUUCGCUGCCUCGCCGCUCAGCCAGACGGAAGAGGAGCAGCGGCAAGAGGAGGCCAGAGGAGAGGAGAAACGCCCGAGCUGUCUCCGCACCAAAAGCUGUCCUCGCUGUGCCUCACACUGCUACAGCGGGAUUGGAGCGAGGGCGACUUGAAGUUCGUGUACAAGAGCUCGACCCUCGGGGUGCUGGUCAGGGCACACCUGCGCUGGGCCAAGGACCCGCUCCAGGCGGUGGAGGUGAUGGGAUCGGAGGUGCUCCCGCUACUGCUUGAGACCGGGGACUGCCUGGGCCCCGCGGAAGGAUACCCAACCCUCACUGCCGCGUCCUUCUCGCACUUCUACACCCCGCUCCUUCAGGCGUUGCUGUCCUGCUGGAAGGAUCGGACGGACUUCUCGCCUCGGUCCAGGCUACCCACCGACGCUGUUCUCAUGCGGACGGAGAGGAUGGUGCUCAUGUUGAAGCUGCUGAUCCUCUUCACCAAGGGAAACCCUACCCUGUCGAGGAGGCUGGUGCUCGUGUCCGCGCUGCGCGAGAGCAAAAAAAUCAUGCAGGUGUUUCUGAAAUCCGCCAUGUCUGUGCUGGAGAGGGCCUUCGAUAGCAACCAGGAUGAAGUUUUGGGCAUCGUCAAGGGUCUGCAGCAAACAACCAGACAGAUGCAGAGCCUCUGUGCGCAUGGCAAGGACGUCGGGGAUGCUGCCAUGUCAAAGGAAGCGCCGGCCGUGAAAAAACUCCUCGAGGAAUUCAUUUUCAGGAUGAAGUCUUUGGUUCAAUCCAACGACUGCUAUGGGGCGUUGUCGGUGGGGAAUCUGAAGAACAGGAGUCUCGACGGAGAGCUGCUCGUCGUACCGGUGGAGGAGAGCGAGGACGAAGAGCCGCCAGAGAGAAAUGAAGGAAACGAGGAUUCAGACUCGGACUCUUCGGACUCCGAUUCGGGUAGAGCGGGGAAAAGACGGGUGCAAGCAGACGACGGCGACAACGCGGAGGAAGAGGAGGAGGAGGAGGAAGAAGAAGACGAGGAGGAGGAAGAGGAGGAGGAGCAGGAGGAGGAAGAAGAGGACGGGGAAGAGGGCGAAGACACCGUUCCGCUCGUGCAGAACAACGACAGCGGCUCUGAAACUGACAGCGACGGGUAGUUUGGCGAACAGUGUUGGCAAGCUAGUCAGCCUUGGUUAGUUUAGCGAAUGGUGUUGAUAAGCUGGCCAACCUAUCGAGGCCAAGAGACGUCCAUGAGUGUGAUGGUAAACUGGGACAGCACGUAUGCGACUUCUGCCGUAUGCUACGUCGUAUUCAGACCUAUGAUCUCUCUCUCUUCCCUUACUCGGUGCUGAGUGAGUUGUGGACCAGCCGAAACGUUUCUGUG